GUUUUUUUAAUGAUUAAAGCGAACAAAAAAAGAUAAAAUAAAAUUGAAAAAAGAAACAGAAAAAGGUCCCACUAAUCGAGCUUGCUUGCCCGAGUGCCCCUUAUUUAGUUAUUCGAUCCCAAUAACAAUUAUUGUACGAUACAACCAAAUCAAACAUCAAUGGCUUCCACAUCCUCCUCAGCCGCUCAGCCAUCGCCCCAGCCGGUUACCGCGUGCCAGUGCUCCUGCUCUUCCGCCGUCAACGCGGCCAAUUUCAUCUCCGCCAAGCUCCGCCGUGAGCCUCCCGGUAACUACAAAUCAUGGAAAGAGCAGAUGCUCUGCCUCAUAGAGAGCCAGGGCUUUCUCGGCUUCGUGGACGGAGAAGAGAUAUCUCCACCAAAGAAGGCAGACGGCGGCCAAUCGGAGCACGCCGCGUGGAGGAGGAGAGAUCGGCUGGUCAAAGGUUGGAUUCUGGGUGCUCUGAGCGACGAGGUUGUUGAGACCGUGCUUGGAUUUAGUACGGCCAGGGAGGUUUGGACGAAGUUGGAGAAGGAAUUUGGUGUAUCCAAGCAAGUUCCAGCGCCUCCACCUCCUCCGCCGGCGGCGGCCAAACAAGACAGGGAUUGGCACGACUACCUGCCGCUUUACCGCGCGGCGUUAAGGGGCGACUGGGCCACGGCCAAGGCCAUCCUCGACGGAGAUCCGGACGCGGCCAGAGCAAGAGUCGCCUUCACCCUGGAGACCUCCCUCCACAUCGCCGUAGGCACCGGAAAGGCGAUCCCCUUUGUGGCAAAGCUGGUGGAUCUGAUGCCCGACGAGCACCUGGCCCUCAAGGACGAGCUGGGAUUCAACGCCCUUCAUGUGGCCGCCCUCGCAGGGAACACGGAGGCCGCCAGAAUCCUGGUCUCCAGGCUGCCGGAUCUGCUGUACGUGCAAAGCAACACCGGCAGCUUCCCCAUCCACAAGGCCGCCAUGUCAGCCCACAAGGAAACCCUCCGAUUUCUAAUUUCUCAGACAAAGGACGACGUCAAUCCCAGCCCUUAUUUCGGUGAUAAAGGGGUUAUGCUCCUCAUCGAUGUGAUUGAUGCUGAUUUUUUUGAUGUUGCAUUGGAAUUGGCUGAGAAGUACCCCCACCUGGCGCAAGAACAACUUUCGUCUGGUAAUUCAGCUUUGAAGAGGUUAGCCUUAAAGGAUUCUGCGUUCUCCAGUGGAGAUCGAUUGAAAUCCUGGGAGCGUCUCUUGUACGCUGGUUUUCAGCUGGUGUUGCGGUCUGAAAUACAAAACCCUGCUCCAAAUUCAGGGGAUAUUGAGGACCAAACUUGUAGCACUCUCUUUUGUCGUGGCAAGUAUAAUUUUCCCGCCCUCAUGAUCAUAUCUUCCGCUUGUUACUUAUGGUUUAAAAGUUGGGACAGAGUGAUUCAGAAUUUGCAUUCCAAUCUUUCGGACGUCAUCAAACAACUGGUACCUCACGUAAAGAGGAUUCACGAUAAGAAAAUGAUGCAUCAGCAAGCUCUGAAGCUCCUCAAAUGCUUGUGCAAGAACAUGGAGUCAUUGAAGUAUAAAGAAGCUUCUAUGAUCUACAGAGACGCUGUGCUCACGGCUGCCCGCUUAGGGAUCCACGAGGUUGUGGAAGCAAUUGUGGCGACUUUCCCAGCCUCUAUUUAUUCUCAGCAUGAUGAGGCAAAGCAGUUCAUGUUUCACCUGGCGGUGCAUAACCGAUGUGAAAGGGUUUUCAAUUUGAUUUACCAGACGAGCGAUAAUAAACACCACUAUUUGGAUUUGCUGGAUUCCUCUGGCAAUAGCCUCCUGCACUUGGCUGCCAGUUUGGCGCCUAGUCACAAGCUCAAUGCAGUUUCCGGUGCAGCUCUUCAGAUGCAACGUGAGAUUCAGUGGUUUAAGGAAGUCGAGAAGUUCGUCCAUCCCUACUCGAGGGAGCGACCCAACCAUGCCGGGAAAACCCCAAAGAUGGUCUUCACCGAGGAACACAAGACUCUAAAAUCGGAGGGCGAGAAGUGGAUGAAGGACACGGCCAACUCGUGCACAAUUGCCGCUGCCCUCAUAGCCACCGUUGUCUUUGCCGCCGCUAUCACUGUCCCCGGUGGCAGCGAGCCGACGGGACACCCAAUCUUCCACACGAGGAGAGCCUUUUUAGUAUUUGCUGUCUCAGAUGCAAUUUCCCUUUUCACGUCCACCACUUCCCUGCUCAUGUUCCUGUCCGUGCUGACCUCACGGUAUGCAGAGGAGGAUUUCCUAUAUGCCUUGCCCACGAGGCUGUGUAUUGGCCUCGUCGCCCUUUUCUUGUCGAUAUUUUUUAUGAUGGCGGCUUUUAGUACGACGGUUUUUUUGGUGUUUGGGCGGAGUAAAGCGUGGGUGUGGGGGCCUGUGCUUGGGCUAGCUUGCCUGCCUGUGACCUCAUUCGUGCUGCUGCAAUUCCCACUAAUGGUGGAUGUGGUGUGGUCUACAUAUGGUCGUGGCAUUUUUGGAAAGCAGAGUGAUAGCCCGUUUUACUAGUGAGUCUGACAUCAUCAACUCGUGUAGAGUUUUGUGUUUUUCCCGCGUAAGGUCUUUCCAUGUGAGCCCAAGUAAAGAUCUUGGGGUUGGGAAGAGAUCGUCAUUCUUCACUAAUUCAUGUAGAAAAAUAUUUAUUUUUUAUUUUUUAUUUUUUAUUUUUGACUUCAAGAUCUUUCACCAUAAUGUUUUGUAUGCUGCAAUUAAUGUUGGAAAAUAUAUAUUUUUUUUAUAUUAACUAGUAAAGUGCACAUGCGAUGCAUGUGGUGACGAAUGUUUUUUGUCGAUUAAUUUUAGUAAGAUAAAUUAAUUAAUUUAUUAAACAUAUGAUUGUAGUAAGAAAAAAUAAAAUGUAGAUUAAAUAAACUCUUAAUUUUUUUUUUUUAAAAAUAAUAUAAUGAUGUCGCAAUAUAAAAUUUGUUAAAUAAUAUAUUACAAACGCCAACAAAAAUAUAUGAAAAUGAGUCCAUAACAAAAAACACUAAAUAAGGACCUAAUGUAUAUUAUAGAUGCAUGAGUUCUUUUAUGUAGAAUCAA